GUUGCUCUGGCUAAGUAGGUAUCUUUUUUGACUAGCCUUUACAACGUCUCAUGCAGCAAACAUUACCAUGACUUGAUUUUCUCUUCAAAAGCCCAAAGGCCCCUUUCUUUUAGUUCUAUGUAUAUUACAUAUUUCUUCGGUCGUCUCACUUAACCCCCCCAGCAUCUACCGUGCUCCCCUGGUCGUUGACCUCUCUUCAAUUCUCCGUCCGUGGUAGGCCUGUCAUCGGCGGGAACAAAUCUGCCUCAGCGGCACUGUGGAUAUCGGCAAGAACUGGCUGUAAAGCGCGCUACUCCUCGGGUCCAUUUACCUUGUCGUGGUGAUCAUAGCUCAAGCAUCAUUGUCAGGCCCUCCAAUCUUGCUUUAUAUCUCCCGCUGCUCGUCGAUCGAACGUGGAAAGUAGGAUAAUCAACCCCAUCCAACUUCCUAGAACCCUCACGUUUCCUAAACUGGACAAGAAACGUCAUAAAACGGCCAGUAAUUUAUCCUUCAUUUAACACACGCACAACAACGGCUAAGGACAAAGCCAUCCUUGACGCUUCCAGCCGCUUCAUACCUAUCGUCGCCCCCGCGUGAUCCGUACACUUUCGCUGGUGUAUCGACCAUUCUGGCAGCUAUACGCGUUCUGAAGCACGCCGAGAGCUCAAAUAGUCCGUUGGAUGGCUCCACCAGGCAGAUUGCAGAAGAUCUGACAACCUUAUCUAUCAUCCAAUCCAACUGGAGAUCCAGAUUCCAUCUCAGCCAACUGGCAGCAGGCCGUUUUUUCACCACUACCACCACAAGUACCCAGACACUGCAGGAAGAAUUUUUGCAUCACGGACACACACACCCUCACACACAACAACAUCUUCUCUAACGAGCUCUUCAGCUUGCUAUUCCAUAAGUAAACAUCCACCUUUUGUUCUUACACCGGAAGGCUUCAUCAGCAACGUGAAUUAUAUUCAGUUGACCGUGACCUUUACACUCGUUCAUUCCACGGCAUCGUAACAUCGCUUCGCCAUAUUUCCAUCUGCAGCAACUCGCCAGCAAAGGCACCACACGAAAAUCUGGUUUCCAUCUACCAUAUCAAACCAACAUCCAGUAGGUUGUCCUGCAUCCGAAGCAAACAACCCUCUCAAUGCUUGUCACACGGCAAUGUGAUACAGGAAGGAACACUUGGUCUUCUAGCAAGCUCGAGGCAAUCUAUCGGAACGCAGCGUCUCCACGCAUGUCGAACUUUGAGCCAGUACCCCCACAGCCGGACUGGCGAGAACAGCAGUACUCGACGUUCCCUCUCCAAGGAGAGAAUGGUUUGCUUCAACCCUCAUUUGAUCAAUCAGCCGCAUCAAAUAGUUCUGAAAACGGCCAAGGCACCCCGCAAAACGCAUCGAGACCUGCCCUCGAACACCGGCACAGUUUGGGUCCGACACGCCAGGAGGCAGCGCCGGUACCCGUGAUAGAAAGGCCAGACUCGGCGCCUGGAGAUAAUGGGCAGUCAACUACCCAACCUCGCAACAAUUCUCUGGUUUCGCCCGAGUCGACAUCACUUUCUCUUGGAUCACUUGCCUCCAAUCCUCUGAGCUCUGAAUCCAGCGCACAAACCCAACAAGCCGCACUCGCGACGGUCGAUGGGUCUGAGGCUCCUGGAGAUGUCAAGGACGAGGAUGAAGAUGACGACGAGGACGAUGAGAUGCUUGAUGUGGAAGAAGGGGCUCCUCCGCAGACAGCAGCAGAGCGACGAGCAGAGAGAAGGAAGAUGAAGCGAUUCCGGUAGAUCAUCCCACUCUUCAGCUGUUUGGAAGAAUUUAGUUGACGUUAAGUUUAGUCUCACACAUCAGCAAACUCGAUUUCUGAUGAGUGAAUUCGCAAAACAAGCGCAUCCAGAUGCAGCACACCGGGAACGACUGUCAAGAGAGAUUCCGGGUCUCAGUCCAAGGCAGGUCCAGGUGUGGUUUCAAAAUCGGUACGUGCUCUUGCUGUCUUGUGGGAUGUUGAAGUAUGGGCUGACCGAAAUAGGCGAGCCAAGAUCAAGCGACUAACAGCGGAUGAUCGAGAACGGAUGAUGAAGAUGAGAGCCGUUCCAGACGAUUUUGACAAUGUGCAAGCGCUACACUCUCCUUACGGCGCGGUCCACGGCAUUGGAACUCCCAUGCACUCGCCUGUCGACUUUGUCGACUUUGUCCCAGGCUACACGGAUCGAAUGAUGCGACCACUUCUGGUAGAUACCAUGAGACGACAUGAACACGAGGAGCACAUGUCGCCCACUGGCCUGAGUCCAGCAUUCGGCCAUAUCGGAUUAGCUCAGGGCAAUUCGAUGAACACCCCCGAUGUUCUCUCUCCCAUUUCCAUGAACUCCGGCGAUCGAUAUGGCGGCUAUUCUGGGAGUCACUUGUCCAGUCCCAUGAGUUCGGGCCCGCGGAGCUCGAAUCCCUUUGAUCGUCAAAACGGCGGCGGCUACCAAGCUCUCUCGCACUCCCAUUCCCGGCAGCCCAUCCGUCCUCUGCAGCCACUACAGCUGCGAGAAACCAUGUCGCGAACGCGAUCCGAGUCGAUUCAGUCACCACUGAGGUCGAGUAUGUCUUGGAAAGGGGAACAACUCGACUACAGUAGUUACCCGGCGGGGCACUCGCAAAUUGGCAACACUAGCGUCAAUGCGCAUCAAUAUGACGCCAAUGGAUUUUCAGGUUUGUGACUUGUCCCAAUUUAGGUUGACACCCCGGAGGAGAUCCCAUGCGCUAACGUCCCCUCUCUCCCAGGCUCAAACAUACAAAGUUCACCUCCUCAAAUGACCUACUCCUCCUCGCAUGGUCUCCCAACCUCCGCACCCUCCAAUUUGGCACGUCUACGGGCAACAUCCACGGGGCUGCCCUCAGGACUGGACCUACGAAAUCGAUACUCCACCCACCCAGCACACCUCAGCUCACCACAUAGCCCGGCCACCUCACGCAGUAGUUCCUUUGGCAAUGCCUUCACCGGGGGAUAUGCCAGUGCGCCCCUCACGGCACCCGUAGAUUUCCAGAUCCCUCGAACACCCGCAGAAUCCGGAUCCAGCAACAAUCGCGAGUUCAGCAUCCCGCAAUUGAGCGCACCCAUGGCACCACCGCAGGACUUCUCCAACGCAUACAAUUCGAGUGUCAGUCCAGUCAGAGGGCAGCAUGGGGAGCGCGAUUUUGGCGGGUCGGCGUCAAACAAUAAUGGGGAAUCAGGGGGUCAAACGGCUCAGGGAUCGCAAUCCCAAAGUGGCCAGGGUCAGGGCUCCGGGGAUCAGCAGCAGCAGCAACAACAACAGCAGCAAUCCUCGCAAUCUCAACAACCGCAACAUCAACAUGCCAGAAGCAAUGAGGAUUCCUCUUUCUUGCGACCCUCGGAUUAUGAGACGGGCCAGAAGCGGAAACGCAGCUUCACCCUCCCGGGCACAUUUGAAAGUUCCUAGUGCUAAGCGAGCCCACCUCCUUACUGCAUCCGUCCUUCACCCCACUCAAUUCACGACCUCCCCCCCUCCAUUCUUGCACGACCGGGAUAAGCGAAUCCUGUAUCUUCCAACCCCAUAAACAAGGGACGAGAUCAUUUUUGAUAAAUCAAGGAAAAAGCAAAAAGGAAAGGAAAGGAAAACCCCCCCCCAAAUAUUAUUCGCAAAAAACACACUUUUCUGCGGGCAUCUCUUCUUACUUCAUCACCACGAACAGCAUCAUAUAACCCGGCGUUUUUAUCUCUGUUGUUCCAUCUUUUUCUUCUUCACAAACAUUCUUGUUUUUUCCCCUUUUCUUCUUUUUUGGGGGUGCUUUGGGAUUUGGGCUUGGGACUUUGGCUUUGGCUUUUGGAUAUAUAUCACCCGCUCUGGAUACCCUCUCGUCGCCGGUAGCUCCUUUUUUUGUUUUGGGUGGGUCCUGAAUUUUCUUUAGGUUUUCGUGCCUUCAUGUGUUGUCGGGUUGUCGGGUUGUCGGGUUGCAAGCCGAAAUAGGGAAAAGUUGGAUAUACUUUCAUCACUUCUUCUUUGUGUGGCUCGAGUUCUCUUUUUUUCUGUAUCAAGCUUUUGGAUUCGGAUUUCGGUAUCACUUCUUCUUCUUCUUCUUCUUUUUUGCUUUUGUAGGCGAGGUUAGGGAUAAAAGGAAGGGGUUAGGUUUUUCUUGGGACAUUUGUGCAUUUGGGGGGUUUUUGUUCUUUUUUAUCUCUUUUUUCUCUCUGUGCGAUGGGAUCUGGUGAGAAUCGAGGAUUCGAUAAGAGGUACGAGUGAUUCGAUCAUCCUUGGUUUCCGUUGAUGGUGAUGCUUCGACGUAUGCGUACCGCGGUACUCUGACUUUGUUUUUUUCGAGCAAGCAGAUGGGUGGAAGGUGUUCAGUUCUUUGUGCAUACAUUUGAUUUCUUUUUUUACUUUGUUCCUUCUUCCUUGUUCCUUCUUUGGGUUUCGGAGAUGGAUGGGGGUUUUUUUGUAGAUAUUAUUUUUUCGAGGGUUCUUUUUUGGUUUUGGUGGGGAGAGGGAGGGGGUUCGUGUUUAUAUAAAUAAACUAUUUCUUUUUUUGAAA